AUGUCUACACUAGAAGACAACAAAAACUCGUUGGAGGAAGCUUUAAAUUCAGGAGAAAAAUCUGACACGAUCGAAAAUGACUUGCCAUUGGAAAAACUUUUAAAAUUAUCAAAAUCAUUCAAGACUGGCAUCGAUGCAAAUUUGAAUAAAUUUAAAGAUGAAAAAAUGUCCAUGAUAAACGAAAUGUCUAGUAUGAGUUCUACAGUAAUACCAAAUGAAAAACUUAUCGAAACAAAUGAUUUUUCUAAAAAGCAAUCACUGAAUAAACACAAUAAGGAGGAUUCCGAAAAUUUGUUAUUAGGAGAAAACUGUAAAACACUUAGAGUUUUAGAACAAGAAUUGAAAAAUGUAUUAGAUUCCUUUGAUGUGCAACGCAAUAAAAACGAAAUCAAACAAGAUCUGCAGGAAAAAGAAAACGAUCAUAUUAUAUGCACACCGUCUCAACAAAACAUACAUCAAAUGAUAAACUUUGAUCAAACUAGCAAUGAAAAAACGAAUUAUAUUAAGAAAAUCCUCGAAGUAGAAAAUAAAUGCCAAUAUUGGAUGGACAAAUAUGAUGAAUUACACGACAAAUAUUUGCUACUGGAAUCCAAACGUGUUCGCAUUGAAAAAGAAAAUUGUAGUUAUCAGAUGGAAAUUUCAAGAAUUAAAAUGAUUGAAAACGAAAAUUUGCGUCUAAACCAAGCAAUAGACAAAUCGAAUCGGGUUCGUAAGGAAUUAGAAGUCGCACUAGAAUCAUGCCAUGAAGUUGUUUAUAAAUAUCAAACAGACAUGGAUGUUGCUAGGUAUAGAGUUAAAGAAGCAAUUGAAAUGGUAGAAAAAAUACAUUCAGAAAAAGAUAAACUUUUAACGGAUUUAAAAAAGUCAAAUGAAAAAAUUGUCAAAUUGGAAAAUGAGCUAACAAAUUUAAUACAAGAAGCCGGUACAAAAGUCAACUUAGAAGUGGAAAAGGUGAAAACCUGUUACAAAGACAAAUUACGUGAGGCUAAUGUUGAAACUGAGUUUCUACGUACGGAAAAACAAAUUAUGUUUAAUAAAAUCCAACAAAUAUCUAAAGAGUAUGAAAUUAUAGAUAAGAAAUAUAAAUCUAUCAGUCAGAAGUGCGAGAAUGAACCAGAUUUAUACUCUAAGAAAUUAGCAAUGUUUUCCCAACAAAUUAAAGAGUAUGAAAACACAUUCAGUAAUUUAAUAGCAGAUGUGGAAAUUCUUAAAGAAACAAAUAGGAAACUACAAGAGAGUUACGCGAGAAAAAAAAAUAAAUAUGUAAUGGAAAUAGCGUUUUUAAAGGAUACAACAAAAUCACUAGAAAAUCAUUUAAACAAAGCAAUAAAUGAAAUAUCUGAAAAUAAUGGAAUCAUUUUGGGAGCAUCAGACAAAAUAAAAACACUGGAAUUGGAAAUUAGUAAAUUGUAA